ACUGGGUCUCCUCUAGCCGUCAAUCUUCCUACGCAAGGUAAGCCUCCGCCGGCUUCAUGGAGCCGCCUGGUCCGGUGAAGACCUCCUCUCCGUCACAAGUCAUCCCUCCCUCGUCUCAUGUUAUCAUGUCUCAGUCCGCGUCGCCCUCCCAUAAGGAUUCGUGGGUCUCGAUGGUUCAGGGAAAUGCGAAGUCGAUUGAAAAUUUCCAGCCUGAUUUUGAAGUGGUUAAUGGUGUUGCGAAGGUGAAAAUACCAGAGGAAGUGAUGGGGGAUUCAAAUCCCUUAUGGAAGUGUUUCGUGGUAGGUUACUUCAUGGGAGAGGCUCCGUAUGUUGGAUCAAUUCAUGCUACUGUGAAUCGGAUCUGGACAGUUCUAGAGAAAUCUACAAAGAUUGAUGUUCAGUUUAUCAAUAAGACAACAGUCCUGAUUCGUAUUGAAAGUGACAGGAUUCAUGAACAUGUUUUGAAGCGUAAGUAUUGGCAUAUCGCAAACGUCCCAUUGGUGAUUCGAGAAUGGAACCCGGCAACAGCGCAUGCUCCUCCGGACCUCUCUGCUAUGCCAUUGUGGGUUGACCUGAAGGAUGUUCCCGCCCACCUUUACUCUCAUGAAGAGAGAUGUAUUCGACUUGACAUGGCUAGGAUCUUAGUGGAAGUAAACCUGCAAAAGCCGUUGGUGGAACUGAUAUGUUUUCCGGAUACAAAUGGUGAAGAUGUUCGGGUCUCAGUUAGCUACCUCUGGUUACCGCCUCGAUGUAAUAUAUGCUCUAAAUGGGGACAUCUGGGUAAAGAUUGUACAAGGAAGGUGUCCAUACUAUCCGAUCAGAAUCUCAGCAAGAAAAGUGAAGGAAAUUCGAGAACAGAUAACAAAAGUGGGAAAGUCAUCUCAGUUCAGGAGCUUGCCCAGGAGCUACUAAAGGAUCUGGAAAAUUCAGCGCCCCUUGGAGCCCAAAUCUCCCCUGCGAAUGCACCGGAAAAGACUGUUACAGAAACAGAGCAAACAGUCCAGCAGUCUACUGAGACACAGUGGACGGAAGUCACCCGCAAGGGUCACUCCUCUCCUCUACGCCAAGACAACAAACCUCAAAAAUUGAAUGGUACUGUAUCCCCGAAUGGGUUUGGAAUUUUGCAGAACUUAGAUGAAGAUGGAGGGGUAGCAGAGAGUAUCCCUGAUCCAAAGCUUGCGGAAGGCUCCCAAGCUGAAACUUGUGAAGAAGGUGAGAUAAAAGAAUCGGAGGGUGAAGAAGAGGACAUGACAGCUGAUCCAGAAACUAUGAAGACUAUCACAGUUAAGCACAAGGAGGGAAACACUAAACAUCGCAGCCGUUCUAGAGGCCCUCCUCGACCCAUUGUGAAUCGGAAAGAAGGUGGAAAAGCAAAACAUACUUCCUCAUGGAAGUGAUGACGUCUUUUUUUGCAUGG